CUGUUUUUUUAUUUGUUUUCUUUCAUUUAUUAGUUUUCUUCUCUCUUGAAACGAGCUAAGAUUCCUCUCUCUCUUUCCCUUACUACAGAUACCAAUGAUGACUCACUGAGUUACUGAGUUACCGAGUUGCUUCACUACUUUUCGUCUUCAUCUUCUUCGACUUGAUCCUCUCCUCAUGUUCUAGCAUUACGAUCCUCCGAAAACCUCCAAGGAAGGGUUUGCAUCUGCACUCUGCAUCACAACCAUGGCAUUUUGGUGGCCUCUGCUCGUUCUGGCUUUCGCUUACGCUGUUUGUAGGUUUCUGUUGAUGCUUAUUCCUCCCAAUGUCCCAUCCAUUGAGGUCGACGCUUCUGAUGUCAUGGAUGACCGAAAUCAGAUCCAGGAGAACAGUUUCAUAUAUAUACCUCCAAGGGGAAGGGCCCAGCAGUCAGAUACGAAAGUUCAAUGCUAUGAACCUGCAACAAUGAAGUACUUGGGGUAUUUCCCUGCAUUAACACCUGAUGAGGUAAGGGACCGGGUAGCACAGGCAAGGAAAGCUCAGAAAAUAUGGGAAAAGAGUGGCUUUAAGCAGAGACGCCAGUUUCUCCGUAUACUUUUGAAGUAUAUAAUUGAACACCAAGAGCUUAUAUGCGAAAUUUCUUCACGUGAUACUGGAAAGACAAUGAUUGAUGCCUCUUUAGGAGAAAUAAUGACAACUUGUGAGAAGAUCACUUGGCUUCUCUCAGAGGGUGAGCGGUGGCUGAAGCCUGAAUACAGAUCUUCUGGAAGAGCCAUGCUUCACAAGAGAUCCAGAGUAGAAUUUCACCCACUUGGUGUUAUCGGUGCUAUUGUUUCAUGGAACUACCCUUUCCAUAACAUUUUUAAUCCGAUGUUAGCAGCCGUCUUUUCUGGAAAUAGUAUUGUGAUUAAGGUUUCAGAACAUGCAAGUUGGUCUGGAUGUUUCUACUUUAGAAUAAUCCAAUCAGCCCUUGCUGCUGUAGGAGCUCCAGAAAAUUUGGUUGAAAUCAUCACUGGGUUUGGUGAAACAGGAGAAGCAUUGGUGUCUUCGGUUGACAAAAUUAUUUUUGUGGGGUCACCUGGUGUGGGUAAGAUGAUAAUGAGAAAUGCUUCUGAGACACUUAUACCAGUUACACUUGAACUUGGCGGAAAAGAUUCGUUUAUUGUAUGCGAAGAUGCAGAUGUGGAUCAUGUUGCACAAAUUGCUGUUAGGGGUGUUCUUCAAUCAAGUGGACAGAAUUGUGCUGGAGCAGAGAGAUUUUAUGUUCAUAAGGACAUUUUUUCUUCCUUUGUUACUCAAGUAGCCAAGAUUGUAAAAUCUGUUGCAGCUGGCCCGCCUCUUGCUGGAAGGUAUGAUAUGGGAGCAAUAUGUUUGCAAGAGCAUUCCGAAAGGCUUCAAAACCUUGUAAUUGAUGCCUUAGAGAAAGGUGCAGAAAUUGUUGCUCGUGGAAGCUUUGGCCAUAUUGGUGAGGGUGCAGUGGAUCAGUUUUUCCCUCCUACUGUACUAGCGAAUGUAAAUCACUCAAUGAAGUUGAUGCAAGAAGAGGCAUUUGGACCAAUCAUGCCAAUAAUGAAAUUUAGCACCGAUGAAGAGGCUGUCAAGCUUGCUAAUGACUCAAAAUAUGGUCUUGGCUGUGCUGUUUUCUCUGGCAGCCAGCGACGUGCCAGAGAGAUAUCAUCCCAGAUACGCUGCGGAGUAGUUGCAAUUAAUGAUUUUGCAUCAACUUACAUGUGCCAGUCCUUGCCGUUUGGUGGUGUGAAAGACAGUGGAUUUGGAAGAUUUGCUGGUGUAGAAGGAUUGCGCGCUUGCUGUCUUGUGAAAGCAGUUGCCGAGGAUAGAUUCUGGCCGUACAUCAAAACGAAGAUACCUAAGCCUAUACAGUAUCCAAUUGCAGAGAAUGCUUUCGAGUUUCAAGAGUCACUUGUCGAAGCACUUUAUGGCAUGAACAUAUGGGACCGACUGAGAGCAUUGAUGAAUGUUCUAAAGAUCAUUUCAGAGCAACAAAACUCCCCUAAUAAUAACAACAGCAACAGCAGUAGCAGUAGCAGGAGAAAAAAUGACUAAGCAAGCAAGAUGUCCAAAAGCAAUACCUUGGCCACUCUUGUCAUCUAGCAGCUCCACCCAUAUUUGAGCACAUUUGGGAUUUUUGACUUCUGAUAGAUCUCAUAUCAUAAUGUAUGUUGAGGUUGAGAAAUCACCCACCCCCAUGAUCAUCCUAAUGUGAUUUUCUUUUGUUUUGCUUCUAUGUCUGUUUUGGUAAAUUUUCAGUUGGUAUAAAUGGUCCCUUCAAUUUCAUGUUCUAUUUUCAUAGGAAACGAUUCCUUCAAACGCCACAAAUCCAAAUUGACAGGAAAACACAAAAUUAGCUUCGUCAUAAAUUAAAUAAUUGUUCUCUCA